GCGGGGGAGGUGGUCUCUUUGUUUUGAGGUAGGAAAAAAGCAUGGAUUUUCUUCCGGGAUCCACCGACCAUCUUUGCUACGUUCGCUGCAACUUCUGCGACACCCUUCUCGCUGUUGGUGUUCCAUGCAGAAGGUUAAUGGACACAGUGACAGUGAAGUGUGGGCAUUGCAGCCAUCUCUCAUUCCUCAGCGCCAGACCCCUUCUGCAAAAUCAGUCACUUGAACUCUUAAGCACUCAGAACUUUUGCGGGGAUAACAAAAAGAGCCAACAGUCUUCUUCCUCUUCUCCAUUGACACCCAACCAGCAGGUUGUCCCAAAAGUACCCAAUGUUGUAAAGCCUCCUGAGAAGAAACACAGGCUCCCUUCAGCUUACAAUCGGUUCAUGAAGGAGGAGAUAAAGAGAAUCAAAGCUGGAAACCCGGAAAUACCACAUAGAGAAGCGUUCAGCAUGGCUGCAAAGAAUUGGGCCAGGUUCGAUCCUCAACUGCUGCAUGGCUCAACAACUUCUACACAAAUUGAAAAGCAAGUGAAACCAAACCAAGAGAUUCAUGGUUUGAAUGGUGCAGGAGAUGGUGACCGCUGGGGGAAGGGUCAAACAAGAGGACAUGAGGCAAUUGCAAGCUGCUGCUAGGUCGCAAAUUACGUAGCCUGCUUUCGAGUUAAAUAAUUACGCAUUUGUUCGUAAGGAUUUAUUGUGUUGAUGAGUUAUAGUUUUUAAUGACGAGUUCUUGAUGUUUUUAAAGUCUUUUAUUGAAGAGUUCUUAAGGUAAGGGUAUCCCAUCUUAUUUUUAUUCAAGGGUUCUCCGUGUAAGGGUAUCUCAUCUUAUAGUUUUCAUAGUUUAUGCCUUC